AGUUGCAAAUAUACUAAAUAGCGCACAGAUAACGAAACAAAGACAAGUACCUCCCGAUUCGAAGCUACCAAGUAAUGGAAUGGCAAGGGGAGGUAGGAGGGACGGGGAAGACGAAAACUCUCACCUCGGCGCCUCCUCUCCGCAGGAGGACGAGUCGGGGGCCAAACCGCCGGGAGUCGCCGCCGGCGCGCAGGGAGCAGGACGCGACGCCAGAGGAGGCGACGAGACCGAGAGAAAUGGCGCCCCCCACUGCCACUGCCACCAGCGCGGUGGACGCCAUGGACGCGCUACGCCUGAGGGCUUCCGACUUGGGUUUCGAGCGAGGCAAAGUUAAGAUGUGGCAGAGCCGCAGAGGGCCGGCCGGAGGGGAUAAGCGCGGCCGCGGAGCGGAUUGCCUCAAACGGACCUCGGAUUUGGGCCUCGCUUUAGCUUUGCGGCCGAUUCGUGGCACGUAUCUCAUCCAGCGGCCCAUUUGACUGCCCAGAAGUGCAGCCGUCUCGUGAAGGCGUAUACUAGAAAGUACGCUUCUUCCACGUCGGAGGCGUCAACAUCUAAGCUGAAAGGCUGAAAGACUCUGAAUAACCUGAGCGGGUGAGCAUGAACCUUGAAGCAUGCGUGAAGACAACAAAAACCUGCACUGCGCAUAUUAUUGCAGAGAGAGGCAAGCACGCGCGUGACGACCACCCCUGAACCCGUCAGCGACACCGUCAAAGAUCUGAAAGCAAGUUGCAGUUUGGCACUCCGGCGACGCCAUGAAGGGGGGUUUAAAGAAAUGCGGGCCCCUCUGUUCUGAGGUCAGGCGACGGGUGCGGUCGCCAUCGCCGGGGGGCGAUGCCGCGUCCGCGUGCGCGCCGGCGGCAGAAUCCGCCCUUGCGCCUGGACAGGAGCUAUUGGGCCUACGGCUGCUGCAAAGAUUGGCGAGGCAGCCAGGGAUGUAUCUGGACGGACUGACGACGGAGAUCUCGGUUGAUUGUCCUGGUCAAACACUCUUUGUUUCUGUAAAUGGAAGUUGGAUAGGAAACACAAAGGUCAGUGUCAGUGAAAACCAUAUGCAAAUUCGUGUGAAUCCAUCACCAUGCCCCUUCUUCAGGCCCUUUUUGGUGGUUGAUCCCUGAUCGGAGGGGAUUGGAUUCAUUGGGGAAAAAACAAGGUUUGUUUGGUGAUCAGAGAAUUGAAGUGGGAAAAUUCUCUUGCUAUUCAAUUAUCUGGUAAGAAGAUUUCUUCACAUGGAUCCCCUCCAAUUUUCUGGUCAUUCAGUUGGUUUAGAGAAAAGGUAGAGAAGGUACAGUUUUUGCCGUGUUAACUAGCCAGUAAAUUCGUGUUUGACUGCUGCAGCUAGAGGAGCAUGACGAAACACAACCUUUUUUUCCAGAUGUUUUGUUUUUUGAUUGGAUGGGAAAAAAAUUCGUUUGUGAGAUUUGCAGUUUCGCAAGAAAUUCGAAAAGGAACCGUUGUCAGGAUCAGCAGAAGCUUCCAAAGCAACACUUUUUUUCCUGUAAAAACUAUGUCAACAAUUAAACAUGACGAGAGGAGCCAGUUUACCUUACCAGUAAUACAGAGACAUGAUUUGGCGAGAGGUCCAUGUUAGGGAAGGGAGGCUCCAAACCGGCGCUUUUCAGCCUUGCGUCAGUGUUUUAUAUAUAUGAUUCAAAUAUGUCGCUGUAAUGCCGAGUAAAUCUAUGGGCACUUAUUAGACUGGCCAUCCACUUCCUCCAAUUGCUGCAUCAUGUUAGAUGCUGUCAGUGUCAAAACACCUAGGACCAAGCUGCUGCAAAUUAAUCCUUGGACUAGGAAUUCUGAGACGUGUUGUUGAAUUCAAGCAGUGUACUGCUUUUCUGUUCAUACAUACACCUAAUAUAGGCCGCUUGUGCGUGUUCAUUGGCGCGAAAGUGGCCAAAUUCUUCACUGGCCGAUUUUUCCACUGAUGAGACAAAAUGAGGAGAACGGAAUCUUUGCCUCCGAUGAAGGGAAAGAUACCUGCCAUCACUUUGUUUAGUCCCAGCUAGCUAGUGCCACACUCAACUAGUACAUGUCUUCUGUGCUUGAACUCUUCUGCCAGGCACUAUUUUUGUAAGGUUAUUUGGUGCUUUAGGUGGGAUUCUAUUUUAUAUUAUCUCAUAUGUUUCAUUGCUUCUGUUGCUUGAAUUUCAAGCGAUUGUCCUUAGUAGCCCUGCUACUGCAACACUACUAAAGACAGCUUCUUGUGACUCCCGUUAUCAAUCUGGUCAAUCGUUGCACCAGGAGAGGGGAGGGUGAGCUGAGAGGGGUUUCAUGGAGAUGGAGGGCAGAGGCCUGUCUGAUUUGUUCAGGAACACCAGCGAGGAGAUCUUCCUCAAGGCAGUGAUGGAGAACUCGAUGGGAGUAGCAGCAGCGCCAAGCAUGGAGAUGCUGGGGUUCAAGAACACGUCGCGAAGUCUCAGAGAAGACAGCGAGGAGCUGUUCAACAACUGGCUUAUGAAUGGAGAGAUCCCUGGAUUUGGGUCAGUGAACAAUCACCCUCGACAACCAUCUAGGUUGUCAUCAGAAGCCGCAGGCCUUCCGAAUCAACAGCAUGACAUUGCUCAACAAAGUUUUCUCACUGACAACUUGGUUCCACAGAAUUUAACAAUUCCUUCUGUCGAAUAUCCAAAUAACCACAACCAGCAAUCACUCAAAAAUGCAGCAGAGAAGGGAAUGCAAGCCAGUGACCUACUUCUAGCAAAAGCCUGGUUCCACAGCACUCAACCAAUGACUAGAAGUCGUUCGUCAGAGUUAAGGAGGAGGUAUGCUGCGAUGCAAACUAAUAUGGCACCAAUAACAAUAGGAAGCAUUGAAACACCUAACCAAUUAAAACAAGAUUUUACAAACACAACAAACAUCACACCAAUGAGCAACACACUUGUUCAUACACCAAAGUUUGUAUCUCCUUCAAGUUCAUCAACAUCCCCUCUGGAUAAUCCACAUGUGGCAGCACAAGAUACUGUUACCUCAGUGGUGAGCAUGCUCAAGGACACACUUGAGCGCAAGAAGCUUGGUAGCCAUGCUAACAAAGACACCUCAGCAGGCAAUUCUUUUGGAUUCUAUGACACUCAGCAGUUUCAACAAAACAUUCUUGGAGGAACAGAUUUCUUUCCCAUAGUGACAACUGCCCAAGUUCAGGAUUCCCUGAUGCUUCCCAAGGUUGACAGGCCCAUGGAACCAAACAAUGGUAACUUCGUUGCUCCUGCAAACCAGGUUUGGUUCAGUGCAGCUUCUCGAGAGCCUUCACACAGUGGAUCGUCUACUGCUAUGACUACUCAUUCAGCUGGAUUUGAAAUGUGUGAUGAGCUACCUCCUGCAGCGCAAGCGAUGAGUGUUUGUGAGAGCACCAGAAAAAAUGCUGCAAAUGGAACAACCGACUGCAAAUCAAAAGGCAAAGAGUAUAGAGAGAGGGUACAAAAGGAUAAUUUGAAAGAUGGGAGGAAGAAAGCAGCCCUAACUCGAAUAGGAUCCAUUUCAUCUGAACAAGCAGCUGAUAAUGGAGAUCCUACAAAGAAGCGCAGGGUUGAGCGCUCACGCAAAAUGGCAGAAGCAAAGGAAAGAAGUUCCACACCAGUAAUACCAUCUGAUAUGCAAGCCGUACUUAAACGCUGUGAAACCCUAGAGAAGGAGGUCCGAUCACUAAAACUUAACCUGUCUUUCAUGAACAGGAAAGAUUCAGAACAGACCAAGCAGAUCGAGGAGCUUCAGAAGCAAAACGAGGAUUUGGCCGAAGAGAAGGAGCGGCUGGUGGAAGAGAUCGAAAGGAUUGUCUCUGACCCCAACACAUGACCGCCCAAUCAUUUCUGACAUUUUUUUAUAUACUAAUAGAAUUAGACUUGAAAUGGUCCUAGAUACAAAUACACAUACACAAUCCAGCAGGGGGCAGCAAGAAUUAAGUGCUGGCCUAAAUGUACCAUUCUUUCCUUGUUUUCACAAGUGUAACGUAUACGAAUAUCAACAAGCAAAGGGAUCAGGGAUUACAGUUUAUUUCCUGCAGCA